AUGGGUUCCUGCAGCUCCAAGACCUACGACACCACCACCGAGCCGGUCCUGCAGCCAGAGCCGACCAGUACUCCCGCCGACACCACCGCCGUCGACACCGCGCCCGCCCUCGGCCUCGCGAUCGCCGAGACGCCCGCCGCCGACGCUGCGCCUGCACGCUCAGGCGUGGAGCCCGAGGAGGAGGAGGAGGCGGCAGAGGAGGAGGCUUCGCUCGACGAGGCCGGGGCGGAGCCUGCCGAGGCGGCCGAGGAGGUGCCGCCGGCCGAGCCGACCAAGGCGCCCUCCUUGGUGGACAAGUUGGUGGAGUACAUGUCGGGGCGCAAGUCUGGCUCUGAGCCCGCUGACGAGGCUGCCGAGACCGAGGCUUUCGAGGUGGCCGAGGCCAACGUACCGGUCGAGGCGGCUGAGGAGCCCGUCGCACGCGCGCUGGUUGACUUGGAGGCGACAGAGGUGGCGGCAGCGGAGGCGGAGGCGCAGCUUGAAUACACGCAUGUGGCGGCGGCGGCUGCGUCGGCGGCGGCUGCCGAUGCGAUUCCUACUCCGCGCAAGGAGUCCAUGUUCGACGUGAUUGCCACGGUCCUUUCGCCACGCAAGGGCUCCACCCCGGUGAUCGAGCCGGAGGUCGAGGAGGUGGCAGAUGAUGCGGUGGUCGAGGAGGCGCCGGCGGAGGCGGCUCCGGAGCCAGUGGCCGAGGAGGCUGCGCCUGAGGCUGCUCCGGAGUCGGCGCCGGAGACGGCGGUCGAGGAGGAGUCGCCCGCGGUCGCUCCCGAAGAGGCGGAGAAGCCGACGCUGAUCCAGAAGCUGUCCAAGGCCUUCUCAAACCUCCUGCCCGCUGCGCCAAAGUGCAUGCCCUCCCGCCCCGCCCUCGACGAGGAGCCGGCCGAAGCCCCGGCGCCUGCCGAGCCGGCUGCGGCGGAGUGA